AAUCUUCGAAGCAGAAUUAAAAAGGUUGAUGAAGCGCCAAUGACGGGUUCUCCAGUCUUGAAAUCCACAAACCUGAAAAAGCGCAAGAAGACACUUCAAAUACUUAACCCACAAUCAACGGUUUUGAACUUCAAAAGAAUUGCGGAACACAGAAUUCGACUACCACCAAAAAUGUCAUCUGUGUUGGACUUAUCUCCUACUAAUCUCAAAGAAGUGAGUGUUCAAAACCGGACAGGUGAAGUCAACUUUAUAAUGACCAGAUCGGAAAAAAACCGCAAAGGGUUCCGCUAUGCAUUUGUUGGAUGGUCGAAUUACUUGAAGGCUUGGAACAUCAAAAUGGGAGCAGAACUGUUUUUUGAGUUCAACAACUCAAGCAAGGUCUUGACACUGACAAAGGUUGUGGAGAAGCGUGGUGUUAAGAAGAAAAAAUCGCGUGCAUGAAUCGGAAGUCUACUUGUCGUUGUGGUGGUUUUUGUAAACAAUAUAUAUGCUAAUUUCUUUUGUUGGGCUUUAGAGUCCUAGUUGGUCUAGAAAAAAUUGGGGCUAAAUUAGACAACUUUUGGUUU